AUGAGCAGAGAUAAAGAAGAUUAUGAGUACGGUAUGGUAUUACCAGAAUUUAUUUUCGACGAUGAAGAUGACGACAGUAAAUCACCUUUAACUUACAAAGAACGUAGACGCGAAGCACACACACAAGCCGAACAAAAAAGGAGAGAUGCCAUUAAAAAAGGCUACGAUAGUUUGCAAGAGUUGGUUCCCACUUGUCAACAAACAGAUAUUUCUGGAUAUAAGUUGAGUAAAGCAACUGUUCUGCAAAAAUCUAUUGAUUACAUUCAAUAUUUGCAACAGCAAAAGAAAAAACAGGAAGAGGAACGAAAUGGGUUGAGAAAAGAAGUAGUUGCAUUAAGGAUAAUGCAGACAAACUAUGAACAAAUUGUUAAAGCACAACAAUCACAACCUGGGCACACUGAAACUAGGAUUUCUGAUGAAGUCAAGUUUUCAGUGUUCCAGUUUAUAAUGGAUCAGUUAUUCACAACUUUCAGUACAGUGUCUGUGAGCAAUUUUACUGAACUUUCUGCUGGAGUUUUUAGUUGGCUCGAGGAAUAUUGUAAACCACAGACAUUAAAAGAUACAGUCUUUCAGGUGCUUCGAAGGCACAACACAAAUAUGAGAGGGUAG